AUGCCGAUGAGGAGGGGGGGCGUCUGUCCUACGGUAGACAGCGACGCCGAGCACAGCGAGAAGGAUGAUGUCGUCCGGCCGCCGCACCGCAAGCGCCGUAAGGUGAGCGCUGUGACCCCCGCGACCCGGGGAACGGCCUCUCAGCGGCGGACCCGUCCAAAUCGUGGCGAAUUUUCAUGGAGAGAGGCUAGGGGGUUGUCCCGGCGCCCGAAGCGCCAGGAUAAGCGCGGCAGUACCCGCCCGCCGUCGUCACGAGAAGCCGCCCUGGAAUCUACCCUAGAAAGGGACCCUGAGACGGACAGAAACGCUAUCGCGAUGUUCGAGGAAUGGCCGCUUGGAAACGCAGUCCUCAAACGCGUUACGAUGGACGCCCAGAAACAACGCCCGACGAGAGAGAGGAGCAUGCGGUCCAAGACGCCCGAGAACCCACCGGCCGACUCGAAGCCGACUUCAACCUCGGGGAGGGCGAGAUACACGCCAGAGGACGAUGCCAAGAUCCGACAGCUGAAGGAGCAGAGACUGUCUUGGCUCGCGAUCGCCAAGCAACUCCCGGGGCGUACCGCCGGCGCCAUUGAGACGAUAUAUUACACCAAGCUCAAGACCGCUGACGCCACUCAAAACGGGGCUCGGCAGUUGCGUGGCUACUCUCCGGCGCCCUCCCCGGUGACUGACAAUGCCGAUGGGGAGGAAGAGUGGGAGGUAGAGGAGAUCUGGACGACGGGAGUGUGGAACUGCUUGUGA